AUGUGGUCUGCGGCGGGUGCGUGUCCGCACAGCCGGCACCGCGUGCGGCGCAGGGCCAUUGCGGCUGUGCGUGUGGCGGUGCUGCUUUUGGUGUUGGCGCUGGUGUCGUUGGCGGCGUGGAUGCCCGCGGUGGAUGCGGUGCCUUUGCGACUGCGGGGCGGCACGGUGGAGAGAGCCAUCACGGUGGGCCGCGCUGUGGACACGGUGCUGAUGGACGGCGUGUGCAUCACGAACGGCGUGGCUGUGGUGCUCGACGUUGCGGCGAUGCUUCCCGGCGCGCUGCGCAUCGAAUUGAGGGACUGCGUGUGCGACGGCGGUGCGCAGAUAUACGUGCGGGGCUACAGCGGCGAGCCGGCGACUGAGCGGAGCCUGGAGGUGAGCGUGAGCGGGCUGUCCGGGAGCUACUGCUCGCUCGUGUUUGUGCACAACCUGCCGGCACACACGAACGUGACGGUCCGUGACUCGACGAUUGUGACGCCGGGGCCGAUGCGCUACUCCCAACUGAGCGGGCUGACGGACGCGGUGGCGUCGCCGCUUGUGCUGCACGCGACGUCGCUGUUGCAGACGCAGCUGCGUGUGAGCAACACUGUGCUGAGGUCGUCGCAGGCGGGCGGGUCGGCGGUGUACGUUGGCGGCGGUGUGGAACUGCUGUCGAGCGCUGUGGUGCUUGACGGCGUGUCGCUGGAGGCGUCGGGCGGUCCGACCGCGUCCGCGAUGCAUGUGUCGUCCUCGUCGCGUCUCAGUCUGCGUAACCACUCGGUGUUCUCCGUGACGAACGUGUCGGUUGUGAGCAGCGGCGGCGGCAUUGUGCUUGGCGAGCGCCUCGCGGUGUUUGAGUCUGUGCUGCGCUUCGUGGGCGUUGAGGGGUCUGUCGCGUCGUCCUCGUUGGUACGCUGCGACGGUGGGACGGUCGGUGCCGGCGGGUGGCUGGACAUGCACGAAGUGUGGGCAGUGGGCGAGGCGUCGACUGUGGCGUCGCUGUCAGGGGUGACGCUGGGCGGCGGCGCCGUGUCGAUUGCUCGCUGCGCUGCCACCGGCGCGACGCUUGUCUCCGGGCCGACGAUCACGAGCGGCGCUGUGUCCGUGCAGUGCAACCGUGCCGGCGGCCGCGUGCUGCAGAGCAGCGGCGACUACCGCCUGGCCGGACUGCCCUCCGUGAGCGUGGUGCCGUGCGACGGCUGUGCGGCCGCGCUGGCGUGCUUCGAUGCGCUGACGGCGUCGUUCUCCGAGUGCGUGUGCAACUGUCGUGCCGGCGGUGUGGGCGAGGCGUGCCUGCCGUUCGACGUGCCGGCUGCGAGGGCCGGCGGCGGCGGUGGCGGUGCGCAGGACUGCGUGACUGGCGUGACGCUGACGGAGUCCGUGACGGUUGGCGGCGGUCAGGCGACGGCGUGCUUCGACUCGGUGGUGUUCAGCGGACCGAUCACUGUGGCGGUGGACCUGCGCUCGAUGGACGUGUUCGCUGACGCGCUGAACGUGACGCUGCGCCACUGUGUGCUUGUGGGCGGCGCGCAGCUGCGGAUUGGCGGCCUCAGCGAGAGCACAGCGCACCUGGUGCCGCACGCCCUCGUCAACAUGACGAAUGUGACUUCACUGGAGGGCACGAUCGUGCUGCAGGGCGCGAUGCCGCUGAACUCGAGUGUGCUGCUGGCGAACUCGACCCUGCGCGCGACGGUUGGCGGGUCGCAUUACGUGCCGACGACUCCUGGCCACGAGAAAUCCCGGUACGGCCCCGCGCUUGUUCUGGACGGCGUCCGUCUUCUGUCGACGUGUUUUGUCAUGACGCGGUCGAAGCUGGUGUGUGGCGGGGGUUCGUGCGCUGCGAUACUUGUGGAGCGCGGCCUCGGUGUGAACCUGUCCAGCGUCUUCUACAUGGACAACUGCGCUGUCAAUUCGCAGAUGCACGUGAUGUACGCUAUUGCGUCGGGCCUGCGUGUUAGCGGCGGCUCCGUGUUCUCCAUACAGAACAGCUCGUGGAGUGCGCCGAGUACCGAAUACUACAAAGGCGCGUGUGUGUUUGGGGACGUUGUGGUGGCUGGCGGCAGCGUGCUGCAGGUUGUGUCCAGUGUGUUCCAUCUCGGCUUUGCCAUGGUCAUGGCAACCACGCUGACUGUGACUGGCGGCAGCUGGCUGGUGCACCGCGACAACGAGUUCCGCACCGCCUACGUUGUGCACGUGGAAAGCGAGAAUGGCGUGGCAUUCCGUGAUCAGAGUGUGUGGUCGAUACUUCACAACGACUUUGGUUACGGCUCCUAUUCGUCGAUCACUGCAUACAUGACAAGUUUUUGGUCACCACCAUCCGACUCGCGCCCGAUCAUCUACGGCACGUGCAACGAGGUAACGAGAUCUCCUGUGACGAAUUACAGAAGCGAGCUCAAUAUUAGGACACCCGUGACGGCAUUGGACUGUGGCACGUGUACCGUGGACGCCGUGUGCUUUGCUGCGAGGACGAGCGGCAUCAGCGGCUGUGGGUGUGUGUGCGCUGCUGGCGGCUACGGUGACACUUGUCUGCCAGCUGCGGUUCCGGACGGCCUUGGACCGUUCCCGCUUUCAGAUACGGACGAUACGGAGGUCCGCUGCGUUUACGGUGGCAGCAUCAGCUCCGUGGACUAUCCUGAUCCCGGUUUGCGUGGCCUGUGCUUUGUCAAGGUGACCUUCACCGCCGCGAUUGUGCUGGACCUGUGGAGCUUCGACGCGCCAGGAAAGACACUCAACAUCACGCUGCUGCAGUGCGUCCUCAUGGGCCUGUCGAUCAAGGGGAGUGGUGCGAGCGUGCACUUGAGCGUGACAUCCUCGAUGCUGGAUUCCGGUGAGUUGGAGUUUGAGGAUGAUUUUGGCGCGAGUUCCCAGAUACUGGUGGCGGGCAGUAAGCUCUUGUCAGCGUCGAGCCAUGCCAUUCACUUUCCAAGGUUUACUUUGGGUGCGAACUCGACGCUGCUGCUGCUCGACAACAACAUGGAGGGGGAGAGUUUCGCAGUUUAUUUCCCCGUUCCUGUUGUUGUUGAUGGGGGCGGGAUCAUUAUUAAGGGAAAUACGCUGAAGUCAACAAAGAGGGAUUACAGCUCGGAGUCUGCCGUUUAUCAUAAAGAUGUUGAAUUAAAGAACGGCGGUCACAUUGACGUCGAGAACAACACGAUGAGCGCAGCCAGCGGCAUUUAUUUUCAGUUUUUGGUUUUUGUGAGCUCCGCGGGGCUGCUGAGAGUGGCGGACUGCACCUUCACUGGCAGCACGGAGGUAUUCAAUUCUGCUCUGGUGCAGUUGAGCGACUCGGUUACUCUUCAGGGUGGUGCGCAGUGGCGUGUGGAGGGCAACAACGUGAGCGCAGCCUCACUAUUGAGUAUGACGUUUUCCUGGUACACUAUUGGACUGUCGGGCAGCGGCACCACCGUGUCGCUUGCACACAACCGUCAGGCGGACUCGAGUAGUGAUUUUGCGAGAAUUACUUCAUCGAACUCGAAUGUGGCGUCACCCGCGCGUUUUGUGGUUGGGUGCAACAUGCAGGGCGAGAAGGAGGUGUCGUACGACGGCGUGUUUCCGGAGGACGUGGUGGUGUUCGGGUGCGGCACAUGCAACGACGACGCGGCGUGCUACAUGCCCGGUACGGAGUCGGUGGACCGCAGCUCGUGCUCGUGCAGCUGCAAGGGCGGAUGGCAUGGCGCGUCGUGUCUUCCCUUUGCGGUGCCCGACACGGUUGUGCCGCCCUUACCGGAGAGAGCCGUGGACGGCGACACGAGCUGCGUGGUGAACCAGACGCUGACGAGCCUCGCGCUGAACAUGUGGAAGACGCACCACUGCUACGUGGGUGUGACAUUCAGCGGCGUGGGUGCAUUGCUGACGCUCUCCCUCAACAGUAUGCCGCUGCAUCUCCCCAUCAACAUCACGCUCACUGGGUGCACAUUUCGUGACGGAGCCGCGCUGCAGUUUGUUGGGGGCACUGAGGUGGCCGAGUCAGCCGGCGUCCUGAUCCGCGUGAGCCAGACGGUGAUGCGGUCCUCCGUUGUUCUAUUUAGGCGUGCCCUCCCGCAGCACUGCGACAUCGCCGUCACUGAAGUCGACGCGGAGCAGUUGCCGAAUUCUGUGAACCGCAUGUUGAUCGUCGUGAAGCUGGACGACGUUGUGUUGAGUGCGUCCUCGCUGUUGGUCAGCAACGUCAAGGCGCGUGCUUUGGGCUACGGUGGAUAUGGUUUGUACUCGAUGGGGACGCUGACGCUGGUGGGCGGCAGCUCGCUGUACACGCGGUACUGCAGCUUUCAUAAAUACAAAUACAUGUUGUACAUGUAUAGGCUCAUUGCCAGUGAUCGCUCCGUUUUUGCGCUGCUCAACAAUACGAUGGCCACCGGGACAAGAUUCCUUUAUCAGUACCAAGACCUCACCGUGUCGAAUCACAGC